AUGUGGAAAUCCAACCAUCAAGUAGUUGAAUAUAUUGUUAUUACUGGACAUUUCAUUGACGCGGGAUGGAAUCUUCAAAAAAGAGUUUUAAGUUUUAUGAAAGUGCCUGCUCCAAGGUGUGGUAUUGAUGUUGCUGAUGCUAUUUUGCAAGAUGGCCUUAGUACAAUUAAGGAUAUCAUUUUCAAUAUUCGUGAAAGUGUCAAAUAUAUUAACCACAACGAUGCAAGACUAAAGGCAUUUUGUGAUGUUGUUGAGCAAAAACGCUUGAAAGAAAGGAAACUUGUUAUUGAUUGUCCAACAAGAUGGAAUUCAACCUUUAAUAUGCUGUCAAAUGCUUUGAAAUUUAAGAUUGCAUUUGCUUCUUACAAAGAAAGAGAGCCUUACUAUAAUUAUGCACCUUCACUUGAGGAGUGGAAUCAAGUUGUGAAAGUUUGUAAACUGCUAGAAGUUUUUAAUCUUGCUACUCAUGUCAUCUCAGAUAGUGAGUAUCUGACUGCAAAUUUGUAUUUGGCAGAAGUUUGGAAGGUUAAACAAAUACUUGAUAAGGAGAUUGAAGAUGAAGAUCUCUUCAUGAGGAAAAUGGUAGGUCCAAUGAAGAAAAAGUUUGACAAAUAUUGGGGGGAAUGUAAUAUGUUGAUGGCUAUCAUAAGUGUUUUGGAUCCUAGGGGCAAAUUUCAUAUGGUGAGUAUAUGUUUUCCCUUGACAUAUUCUAAAGAAGUUAUUGAUGAGAAUAUAAAGAAGGUGAAAAGUUCAUUUGAAGAAUUGUAUGAUGAGUAUGUAGGUCUAUGUUUAGAAGAGUCUACGUCUAGUGUUGUUAAUUUGGAUGAUAAUAUUUCAUCAUCCUCCCAAUUCAAUACUUCAGUUGUCACUGGUUUUGAUGAAAUUAUGAGCAUGCUACAUGAAAAGGAAGUUGUUUCUCCUAUAAAAUCAGAAUUGAAAGAUUAUCUUGAUGAAGGUAUUUAUGUUCCUAACACUAAUUCCUUUAGUGCUUUGGACUGGUGGAGGAACAAUAACAUGAAAUAUAGGAUAUUGUCUAAGAUGGCUGUUGAUAUACUAGCUAUUCCAAUUUCAACUGUGGCAUCGGAGUCCACAUUUAUUGCUGGAGGUAGAGUAAUUGAUGAAUUUCGCUCUAAAUUAAAUGAAGAAUCUGUUGAAGCUCUAAUUUAUGGUGGAGAUUGGUUUCGUCAUAAAUAUAAUGUGAAGAAAAAAUCAAAGGCUAAUAUUACUUAUUAUAAUUUUUAUAAGUAA